CACGUGAUCCGCUGUAGGUCCAGGCGGUUUGCUACAUCUGAAAGCAGGGGCUAUGGAGCUGAAGGUGCGAUUGUGUGUGUUGUUACUGGCUCUGAGCUGGUGUGUGACACUCAUGGGGGAGGUGCGAGCUCAGGAGGAGACAGACGACUCCGAGCUCGAUGUGGAGGAUGAAGUUGGGGACAUGGGAGAGGACUUGGACCUGGAUACAGAGGCAGAAGAGGAACAGGAGAAAGCCCCCACACCACCUCCUGCACCUGCUGUGACCUAUAAGGCCCCUGAGCCAAUGGGAGAGCACUAUUUUGCUGAAUCAUUUGAUAAAGGCACCCUGGAUGACUGGGUUUUAUCAAAAGCAAAGAAAGAUGACAUUGAUGAAGACAUCGCCAAAUAUGACGGUAAAUGGGAGGUGGAGGAAUUAAAGGAUAACAAACUCCCUGGCGAUAAAGGACUUGUGUUGAAAUCCAGAGCCAAACACCACGCCAUUUCUGCCCUGCUGCUGCGGCCUUUCACCUUUGACACUAAACCCCUCAUCGUCCAGUACGAGGUGAACUUCCAGAGUGGCAUCGACUGUGGGGGUGCUUACGUCAAGCUGCUCUCCCAGACCCCCGACCUUGACCUGGAUCAGUUUGUGGAUAAGACUCCAUACACCAUCAUGUUUGGUCCAGACAAGUGUGGAGAGGACUACAAACUCCAUUUUAUCUUCAGACAUAAGAACCCUAAGACUGGCGAAUAUGAGGAGAAACACGCCAAGAAACCUGACUCAGACCUGCGGACGUACUACACUGACAAAAAGACCCACCUCUACUCUCUAGUGCUGAAUCCUGAUAACAGCUUUGAGAUCCUUAUCGACAAUACUGUGGUGAACAGUGGUAACCUGCUGAACGACAUGACCCCACCAGUCAACCCACCAGCGGAGAUUGAAGAUCCAGAUGAUCAUAAACCUGAGGAUUGGGACGAGAGACCCAAAAUCCAGGACCCAGAUGCAGUGAAACCUGAGGACUGGGAUGAGGACGCUCCGGCGAAGAUUCCAGAUGAAGAUGCCGUGAAGCCAGACGGCUGGCUGGACGAUGAACCUGAAUACAUCGGCGAUCCAGACGCCCUCAAACCGGAGGACUGGGAUGAGGAUAUGGAUGGUGAGUGGGAGGCGCCACAGAUCCCUAACCCCGCCUGCGAAUCCGCCCCCGGCUGUGGAAAGUGGGAGAGGCCAAUGAUUGACAACCCUAACUACAAGGGCAAGUGGAAGCCCCCCAUGAUUGACAAUCCUAAUUAUCAGGGUGUGUGGAAGCCCAGGAAGAUUCCAAACCCAGACUACUUUGAGGACCUGCACCCAUUCCGCAUGACUCCCUUCAGCGCCAUUGGCCUGGAGCUCUGGUCCAUGUCGUCUGACAUCUUCUUCGACAACUUCUUCAUCACCUCCGACCGUAACACAGCGGAGAAGUGGGCCAACGACGGCUGGGGUUUGAAGAAAGCGGCUGAGGGAGCUGCAGAGCCUGGCCUGGUGUCCAACAUGAUUACGGCGGCAGAGGAGCGGCCCUGGCUCUGGGUGAUCUACGUCCUGACUGUGGCUCUUCCUCUCGUCCUCUUCAUCGUCUUCUGCUGCACGGGCAAGAAGAAGCCAGAUACGGCUGCAUCCUACAAGAAAACAGAUGAACCACAGCCUGAUGUGAAGGAGGAAGAGGAGGAGAAGGCAGAUGAGGAGGAAGAGGAGGGGGAGGAGGCGAAGGGGGAGGAGCAGACAGAGGAGAAGAACAGUGAUGCUGAGGAAAGCCCUGAAGAACCAGCGGCUAAGGAAGAGGAAGAGGCAGAGACAAAGGAGGAAGAUGAUGAUGAUGAUGAUGAUGAUGAUAAAACGGAUGAGAAACAGGAAGAGGACGUUCUGAGAAGGUCUCCCAGAAACAGGAAACCAAGAAAAGACUGAUGGACUUCCCUCUACUCUCCCAUCUCCCGUAACCCCAUCUCUCCUUUCCUUUCCGGGGCCUGUUCCCUCUCUCCUUUCAUCCUCCCUCUCCUCCUCCCUACCUCUCUCCUGGCCCCUGGUCUUCUGCUCCAUCCUCACCUGAAGUGACAACAGAAGGAGCGCAAGAAUCAGCCGUCUGCUGCAUGAGCAACGGAAAAGCAAUCACCAACUCGAACUGGACUGACGACGACGAUGGUUAUAAUCAUGACGACGACGACGACGACGAUGAUGAUGAUGAUGAUGAUGAUGUUGAAGAUUAUGUUGAUGAAUAGAAUAGAAACUUAUUACUUUGCUAUACUAAAAGGAAAGAAGUCAAGUUUAUCAUUCCCUAACUGUGCAGCUGACGCUAACUGUCUGAACCCUCCCCCCAACCCUCCCACUUCCUAAACUCCUCCGCUCUCUGUCGCUCACAGACUCCUCUGCCUGUCUCAACCAUCCAAACAGUAUUCAUCAACUAGGAAUUAUGGGAACACUACAGCUCAGAGAGAUUAUACACACCUGGCAUUGUGCCAGCCUAUAGGUAGACAGGUUCAUGCAUUUAUCUGCAUCAAAGGGGAAAUCAGAGAAUAAAUCAAAUGGCCAUAUGGAGGUGGUUUGUUUUGUUUUUGUUUGUUGUUUUCUUUUUAAAUUUGUUUAUUUCUUUUUUGAAGGUGUAACAAAAAAAAAAUGAAAUUUCAGUCUGUUGCCAGCUUAACACCUUUGUGAACUCAGUGCUUUACACUGUUGGUGUACAUCUGAGUUAAAGAAAAUAAAAACCCCAUGAAGAGA